UGACGAAAGGCACUGCAUGCUGUACGCAAACGUUACAGUAUCAAAGGCAUUAUCUGAACCUCCCCUUGUUAAAUAAAAUGCAGCUUUUCAUGAUAGCCUAACCAGAUUGCUGCUGCUGUUUUUGCAGGGGGCUGAAUGAAAUCAUUACAUACUUGUUCGAUAAUAGUAUACCCCGGUCACGUCUCCCUGCAAGUGCAUUUCACUGGAAUCACUGAGCAGAAGCAAAGAAGAGCUGAUGACUAUGUGCUGCCGAAGCAGGUUGCGGGAGCCCUGUAUUUUCCACUGGCUGCAGUUUUCUGUUUUAUUUGCAGCUUCUCCCAUCUGGAAUAUCAAAGUGGGAUUGAAGUAGAUAAUUGUUAGCAGCGGGUUUAUGAGAGAGACUGCGGGGAACAGAAUGCCUCUCACACAGCACAAACUGCUCUGUCUGAAAGAGCUGUGAAUAGAUGAUUCUUAGAUGUUACCCACAUCUAAUGCUCCUGGAAACUUUACAGUGGAAAUGAGCCAUUGCGCCCAGUUUUUUAGUUAACAACCAAAAGGGGCAAGAAAGGGGCAGCGGGGCUGAACAAUGGGACACCUUGUCCUUGGAUUUCUCACAGAAAAGCUAGCAAAUGUUUCCCACCGCCUUUCAGUGAAAAGAGCGUGAACGCUACAAUGAACUGAAUUCGACCCAACAGAGCUCAAGUAAGCUUUUUCCACAAGGAUGGGAUACAGUGACCCCUCGUCAAGCAGGGACUUGCUGGGGAACAGAACUUUGUUCUUCAUCUUCAUCUGCGCUUUUGCUGUGGUCACUUUGCUGCAGCAGAUCCUGUAUGGGAGAAACUAUCUCAAGAGAGGGCUGCAGUUUAGCUGGCAGAGUGGAGAGGAAUUGGCAAAUUGGACCGGGACCUUUAAUUUCACGGAUGAUGGAGCAGUGAAGAGUGGCAGUGACACAGGCACCAGGUACUUUGAGUUUUAUGAAGGACCUUUUGAAUACAACUCCACCAAAUGCCUGGAAUUAAGACAGGAUAUCAUUGAGGUGAAAGUGCUCUCUAUGGUGAAGCAAACUGAAUUGUUUGACAGGUGGAAGAGCCUACAGAUGUGCAAAUGGGAGAUGAAUGUCACAGAAGCCCACCUAUUCAAGUCAACGUUAUCGAGAUGUUGCAAUGCCCCCGCCUUUCUGUUCACCACACAGAAAAAUACUCCCCUGGGAACUAAAUUGAAAUAUGAAGUAGAUACUAGUGGAAUCUUCCAUAUCAAUCAAGAAAUCUUCAGAAUGUUUCCAAAGGAUAUGCCGUACUAUCGCUCCCAAUUUAAGAAAUGUGCUGUGGUUGGGAAUGGAGGGAUUCUCAAGAACAGCAGAUGUGGACGGGAGAUUGACAGUGCAGAUUUCGUAUUUCGAUGCAAUUUACCUCCUAUAUCUGAGAAAUAUGUCAUGGAUGUUGGUGUAAAGACAGACAUUGUGACAGUCAAUCCCAGCAUUAUUACUGAAAGAUUCCAUAAGCUGGAGAAAUGGAGGAAACCUUUCUAUGAUGUGCUACAGGUUUAUGAAAAUGCAUCGGUGCUGCUGCCUGCUUUCUACAACACCCGCAACACGGAUGUCUCUAUCCGGGUCAAAUACGUCCUGGACGAUUUUGAAUCUCAGCAAGCCGUCUACUAUUUCCACCCUCAGUAUCUCAUCAACGUCUCGCGCUACUGGCUCGGUCAAGGGGUGCGUGCCAAGCGGAUUAGCACGGGAUUGAUUCUGGUGACUGCUGCCCUGGAGCUCUGUGAAGAGGUCCACCUUUUUGGCUUUUGGGCUUUCCCCAUGAACCCCUCAGGGAUUUUUAUAACUCACCAUUACUACGACAAUGUCAAACCUCGCCCUGGCUUCCACGCAAUGCCCUCAGAAAUCUUCAACUUCCUCCACAUGCACAGCAAGGGGAUUCUGCGGGUUCAUACCGGGACUUGCAGCUGCUGUUGAUGAUGAGGAUGAUGAUUUUUCCUCCGAUGUAAAAGUGCAACAGGAACUCAGUGUCUAUGUUUAGUGUAGAAGAGUUUUAUUACAUCCUGAGAUUAUGCAAUAAUUGUUCAAUAUCGAUUUCUCAAAGCAUUGCAUCCCAUAGACACUGAGAUUCCAGCAUCCUUCCUGCUAGAUGGGGUAGGGUUAUGUGAUUUGGGUGAAGUGAAACUCAUCCAUCACAGGCUAUGCACUGCCCUGGAAAUCAGAUCUAGAAGCACAUUUCCAAUAGGUUUUAGAGAUAUACAAAGCACAUUAGUGUAGCUAUCAUUUCACUUUCAGGAAAAGCACCAAACUGAACCCAUUGGGGAAAGCGAAUUUUAGCAUAUACUGCAGGGCAUUAGAAUGGUGUUUUGACUCAUAGACAACUGCGGACAUUGUUGAUUUUAUUGAAACUGCUGUUCUCUUGCAUUAGGGUUUUAAAAACAAAUUCUUUAAGCAUUAUUGUAGUUGUAAGGGGAGAGGUAUAAGCUGUGGUCUUUAUUGUGUAAUGACCCAUAGCAUUGAUGAAACAUGUCUGUGUAAUAUCUCAUGGUGAGGUUAGCUCAUUUGUGAGAAGCCAGGUAGGACAGAACAGGUGGUUAAACUGCAAUUCCCAGCAAAAUGUAACUGCAUCAAUCUUAUCUCACAGCUUCCUCUUCUUUGUUUUCCCACAUACCUCCUUGUGUCUUACACGCCUCCCUCCCUUCCCCAAACACGUUUUCUUCCUGCAGUCACCAGCUCUGGACUUCUGACUAUUUCUUAGCAAAGUAAUAUGUUGGCCCCAUAGAAUUCUGCCUGGGCAUGUGAACAGUUCUCUUGAAGCCCAUGAGACUAUUCUACAUGAGGUUUGCAGAACUGAUUUUUGGGUUCAUAUGGCACCGACCGUAGGAGACGACAAGGCUCUUCUUGCAGAUUAUUUUUUCCAGAUGAUUUUGAUGAAGCACCAGAAUGAUGAGGUGCUUCCCCCAGUGGGAAAGCUUUCUAGUUAUUCAAUAUUUACAGCAGCUUUUGGAAAGUAAAUGCUGAUGGCUGGAGGGCUGGGAGGAGAUAGAAAUGAAGUUAAACAAUGGAGACACUUCUCAUAGGUCACGUGUGUUUAAUUUAAAGUUAUACAUUUAGAGACCUUAAGUGUAUUUAUUAGACAUUGUCUUCAUGGGGACACUGUUGUGAGUGUUAUCCCAUCUUAGCGCUAACCUACACUUAAAAGUUUUACCAUCAUAACUAUGUCAGUGAGGUCAGAGGGAUGUUUUUGCUCACUUAGUUAUCCUGGUAAAAGCCCUACGGGGAGCUGCAAUUUUAUAAAAGGUGCUUUAUACUGGUAUAGCUUAUUUCAGUUCCUGUACAGGAAUCAGCUAUCCUGGUAUAAGCACUUCCAUAGCGUUAUAGGUGUGUCCACUCUAGGAGCUUUUCCUGUUUAAACUAUGCUGCCAUAAUUCAAGUGGCAAAUCUUUGAAGUACAGACAAGCCCUUAAUUGAAAUGUUUAGCAGCCUCCUAGAUAGUAUCAGUAAUUUGAUAAACAUGUACAAUUUAACCUGGCUCAGUGUUUUCUAGGUCUAAAUAAUAUGGAGGGUGGAUCCUGGGACCUGGCCUUCUCCCCUAGAUUAUCAAGAUUUGUAAAAUGAGUAGUUUAAUAUUUCCACAGGUAUCUUAUAUUUGCAAUAUUUGUCUCCGUAUUAAACUAGCCACAUCUCUUCUGGCCUAUAUGGGAGAUGCCAUUUUGGCAGUAGAUUAGAAAGCACUUAACCACUGAAAAAUAAAGGUGUGAUUAAAGAGAGGUUAAAAGGCAUAGCAGAGAGAGAACCCUUCCGUUUAUUGUUACCAGUUCUGCUGAGGUCUAAUUCUUGAUCUGUUGAUGCCAAGUUAGUUUCAUACAUUGAACUUCAUGGAAUUUGUCUAGUUUGGGGGACAGAUUAAUUUAGUUCCCAGGACUUACUUUAAUGGCCUGUAGCAGAGAGCUAAUCCCGCACAUCCAGAGUUCUUAAUGACUUCAGGAUAUUCUGAUUCCUCAUCCCUAUUAGGGGUUAGGGUGGCCAGACAGCAAAUGUGAAAAAUCGGGAUGGGGGAGAGGGGGUGGGUAAUAGGCGCCUAUAUAAGACAAAGCCCCAAAUAUCGGGACUGUCCCUAUAAAAUCGGGACAUCUGGUCACCCUAUUAGGGGUAGGCCAAGGAUGUGGAAGUUGGAUCCAGACAAGGAUUAUGUAGCCAUCUUUUUCAGAAACCAAAUUGGCCAAAUCUGACAAGCUCUCUCCCUUCCCUGGCCUAGUCCAACACUAUUUCCUUCCCUUCUUCCUUCCCUCCCUUUUUCUGACCCUGAGAUCUUUCUUCCGCUGUUUGGAUUUAAUCCAUCAAACCUUUCUCUCCCUAGCUGUUUAAAAUAUUUCUAUCAAUUUAGUAUCUAACCCUUCUUACCUCCUUUCAUUCCAGUCUCCCUUUCUAAAGGCCCAUUUGAAGUCAAACAUAAACUUAUUGAUUCUAGUAGUAGCAGCCUGAAUUCUCUAUCUCCAUUGACAACUGCACUCUCCUUCCUAUUUUCCAGGCCCACAACCUUGGUGUUAUCUUAGACUCUUCUCUCUAUAUAUAUCCAGUCUCUCGCCAAAUUGUCUAAAUUCAGCUUGCUGAAUAUCAAUAAUAUCGGCUCUUUCUCCAACCCCACCAUUAAUAACUUACUUACUGGUUCUCUCUCACUUUUAUGACUGGAACUUGUUCCCAUCUAGUCUCCCUGCUUCUCACCUCUCCUUUCCAGUCUUCUUUCUGUUUCCCCGUUCUGUCACAUCAGUCCUCUCCUUAAGACCCUCCAUUAGUUCCCUGUCUCUUACUAUGUCAAAAUCAGUCCUCUACACAGCUCUGUGUGAUCUCGCUCCACCUAUAGCUCACAUCUCUUCUUUCAUUUCUCUCCCUCCCCCAUCCUCUGCCCAUGCACUUCCCAAACUUUUCCCAUGGCUUCCUACAUCUUUGUAACUCUCUCACCUUCAUACCCUAUUCACCUGAGACACUCUUGCUGUCCUCUCUUUCUUCCUUCAACCUCACCACUUCAAACAAUACACUUUCUCAUCUUCCUCACUUGAAUUGUUGCCCACUGUCUUGUCUUAUUUAGAUUUGAAGCCCUAGGUCAGGAAACAUGCCUUAAUAGGCAUGUAAAGAGCUGUGUACCUUAAUGGGGCUACAGGAGGAUCUGAUAUAAGGUUUUGGCUAGGGUUUGAGUCCGAAUCAGGGGCCUAGGGUUUUUAGUUUACAAUGUAGAGACCUCAGAAGCUGUUCUUGCAAGAACUUUGACUCUCUCCUUUGAAAUUUGGUUUUAGAGCUCCUUCCCAUCCCUACGUCUAUCAAAAUUGCUUCCAUUAUAAACAAAACAUAAAGAAAACAAAUCUAAAAGGAAGAGGAGAAGUACAGUUGUCUUCAUUCAAAAGUCAGAGUUUCCCAGCAGUGACCAGGAUGGUGUUUGGAGAUGGUCCCAUAUCUCCCUUUCCUUAGAACAGGAAAUACUGUGAUAUUUAAGAUUCUGCAGCCUGUUGACUAUGUAACACCCAUCACUGUAAUUGAUUAUAGCAUUUCAGAGCUCCUAGGGGAAAUCUCACCGGGGAAAAUACCAAGUGAAACAGAAGAGAUGCCCAUGCUCCAGGGUCCUGUAGUUUUGUUGUCAUGCUGUAGGCAUUGAAGGUAUAUUACAUUUGAGCAAGCAUUGAUUUGUAUUUAACGGACAUAAAAUACUAAGCACACAAUAUAUGAGCUGAUGAAUGUCUGAGUGCAUGGAAUGUUUUUCCUUGAUUUAAUAUGCAAAAGAGGGCUGCAUCUUUGAUAUGUUGAUUAAACUAAUGUAUGUAUAGGGCCUUGAUGGUAAAAGUGCUAUAUACAGAGCAAUGUGGACUAGUGGCUAGGGCAUUUGAGUGGGAUUAGGAGGUUUGAGUUCUAUUCCCGCUGCUGACUUGCUGAGUGACCUUAGACAAGUCAUUUUAACUUCUGGGCCCCAGUUUCUCUAUCUGUGAAAUAGGGAUAAUAGUGGUCACCUAGGGCUGGUCUACACUUGGGGCGGGGGGGGGGUCGAUCUAAGAUACGCAACUUCCGCUACGAGAAUAGCUUAGUUGUAGUCGACGUAUCUUAGAUCGACUUACCUCCCAUCCUCACGGCGCGGGAUCGAUGGCCGCAGCUCCCCCGUCGACUCCACUCCCGCCUCUCGCCCUGGUGGAGUUCUGGAGUCGACGGGAAGCGCGUUUAGGGAUCGAUUACUGUAUCGGGGAUCGGUGAAGACAUACCCCUGCUGUUCACAAAAUACCCUGAGAGCCUUGGAUGAAAAGUAUGAUGUAAGAGUCAAUAUUGUCGUUAGAGUGCGCAUAACAUUUUUCAUUCUUAAAGCGUUCCACAAACACCAACUAGCUUCUCCUCACAACUCCCUGGUGAGGUGGCUAAGUAUUAACAUCCCCAUUUUAUGCUUGAGGAAACUGGGACAGAGGUAAAUUAGGUGAACUAUCACAAGGUGAGUCAGUGUCAAAAUUGGGAUUAGACCUGGUGCACAGUGCCUUGCCUAGCUCUCUAGACAACAUUGCCUUUUGUUAUGGGUUAAGUUUUAUAAUAAGAGUGAUCCUGAAUCCCUGACUUAGCUUUGACUGGUUCUGCCUGAAUAUGGACUGAGUGAUGGCAUCCGCAUUUGGCUCAAUAUGUCUUUGUUGCUCUUUUUGCUACGGUUCCUUUCUUUGCUGAGGAAAUGUCUUUGCUUCAUUGGUUGACGUGAACAACAGUGACUGAAAGGAGUCUGAUGUAUUGUGACAGAUACUUAUAACAUGGGAAGACUUGGAAAAGCAUCUGUAAGUGGGGAGAAAAUGGUGCAAAUCUGCCUUUUUAUUAUAAGAAAGUGUGUCAAUUUUUAACACACCUACAGGGUAACAGGCCUUUCCUUUUCUUUGUUUGCUUUACAUAACUGAUUGACGUACCUCGACCGGGGUGACACUGUAAUAGGUGCGGUUUUACUGUCUUUAGAAGUUGAUUAUGAUUCUAUAAUUACUCUAUUUUUUUAACAAUUUAAAAAUGUAUAUGCAAGAUACUUACACAUCUGUACCAAAGGCCCAGUCCUGCAAUGUUUAUCCAGAUGAAAUUCCCAUGGAAGUAAAUGGGAGUUUUGUUUGUGUAGGGACUGCAGAAACAGGCCCCAAACAUGUGUAGGAAGCUUUUCAUUCUAGUGUACAUAGCUGUAUAGAAUUAGAUAUAUACAGUCAUACACAAACUGUGUAGAUCUAGAAAAACCUAUAUAGUAUAUGAUUAGCCUAUGAAAUAACAUGUAUGCUAUUUCCUGGAGAGUUUAUGUUUACCUGCCUGGUAUGUUUUGCAGAGUGUUGCUCAAAAGUUAACUUGUGAAAAAUGAAUGCAGGUUUGAAAAGUAGAAACUUUAGCCCAGUUCUCAUCUUGGGCCCCGAUUCUGAAUUAGGCUCCAUAAAGUCAGAUGCCUGCAUCCCCACAAUGACUUCAGUGGGGCUCUGUGCAGUUGCAGGGGUCUAGCUUCAUGGAACAGCUUUCAGGAUGGGGGUGUGAGACCAGGGAAUGCUGUUCCACUCUUUCCAGGAUGCAAAUAAAUAUAACGGCGGGAAACAACACUCCUCAGAUGCACAAUGGUCAUUACCUGUAAAAUGUUACUGUAGAAUGACUUGCACAGUGGUCAGUGCCAGAGUUUAUGGCAUAGGCACACUGACAGAUGCUGCAGCUUAAUCAAAAGGAGGAAAAGAAGGAUUUUAGGGAGAGCCCCACCAUCCUUUCUUAAUACCACCAUUAUCCUGUUCAAGUACUCUUAAGCUUAAGAAAAUACCUUCUUGAAAUCAGGAAGCUCAUUGAAUUUGAUGGUAUUUUGCUUCCCUUCCCCCUCAUUCAAACACUGAAUGGUAAAUGACUGCCUAGGAAGGAGUACAGUGGUGGCAGAUGA